UAUCUAGUAUGUUUUCUUCCGGCGUACUUAACUUUGAUUAAUACUAUAGGAAAAGCUACAAGAUUACAAUGGUAACCUCUACUACAGUUCGAGUUCCCAACAAUGGCCGGAAACGCGGAUCUAUGGGUCAUUUUACAAUCUUCAAAAAUCCGUCAAAUAUUAAGAGAGGAUCCGUUGAUACAGCAUCAUGCGGAAGCAACAUUUUAACCUCAAAGCUGGGAGGUUCAAACAACAGUCUAGGAAAACGUGAAUCCAUCAACAGUCUAGGAAAGUCAUGUUCCACUAGCCACAACAGUCUGGGAAGGUUUGGAAAGCAUGGAGAUAGAAAUAGUAUUCAGAUGAGUGGGAAUACAAUGAUGGUAAAGGGGGAGGACGGGCAAAUGGUAGAAUGUGAAAUCAUUUCAUCAAAGGAGAAAGAAUCUGUUUUCCAGAAAUCUAUUCCUAUUUUCUCGACAACAGUUGCAGGAAUAUUCGGAUUCUUAAAUCUUGUCCCAGGUCUUGGAACUUUUCUAGCAGCUCUGACAUUAAUUUGUGGCGGGAAAACCAGUUAUUCUAACAAUCUUGAGGGAUUGCUGGUUGGUCUUGGAACAGCGUUCCUUCAGUUCUUGAGCGCGUUCCUGGUUGUUGGAUGGGUCUGGAGUAUCAUGCAUGGUGUGUUUAUGGUGAGAAAGGCAAAUGAAGCAAAGGAACAAGAGACAAAAAGAAGAAACCUGCCACGAUGAAAAAU